CACAAAAAAGAGAGUGUGUGUUGGAGAAGACGACGGCCAUGUCUUGGUUUUUAUCAACAAUGCAUAGCAGGCUUCCUUCUGCUGCGUUACUUGAGUCAAACCUUUCUUUCACUGCCGAUGUACAAUCAUUGUCAUGGGUUUUCUCUACAGAGACCAUAACACAGUUACGCUUUGCGAUCGGCAUGAUCGGAAAUGCUGCUUCUUUACUUCUCUAUGCGGCUCCAAUAUUAACUUUUAGGAGGGUUAUUCAAAAGAGAACUACAGGGGAGUUCUCUUGCAUCCCUUAUAUUACUGCUUUAUUGAACUGUCUGAUUUAUGUGUGGUAUGGGUUGCCUUUGGUGAGCAAUGGCUGGGAAAACCUUCCCCUUGUCACAAUCAACUCUGUAGGGAUCAUGCUCGAGUUAUCUUUCAUCUUCAUCUAUCUCUGGUUUGCUUCAGCAAGAGCAAGGAAACUGGUUUCAUUGAUACUACUACCUGCGAUCAUUGCGUUUUGCAUUGGUGUGGUAGUUUUGUCAAUUACAUUACAUGAUCACCAUCUUCGAAAGGCCAUGGUUGGGAGUAUUGGACUAGUUGUCUCUAUUGGAAUGUACAGUUCUCCUCUUGUUGUUGUGAAGCAAGUGAUAGAGACAAAUAGUGUGGAAUUCAUGCCUUUCUACUUAUCUUUCUUCUCAUUCCUCACCAGUUUACUUUGGAUGAUGUAUGGGAUAUUGAGUUGGGAUAUUCUGCUCACGGCUCCUAAUCUGCUUGCUUGCCCAGUGGGUCUCCUCCAGCUUGUGCUAUACUGCAUGCAUAGGAAAAAUCAGGGAGUUCCUGAAGAAAGAUACAAAUUGGAUUUAGAGCACAAUGGAACAGAUUUAGAAUCUCAGCAGCCAUUGCUCACUGAUUGUAAUAAUGAAAAGAAUUGAAAAUUUGAAGAUUAAGGUCUUG